GGCUACAGUAGCAUUGUUAAUAUUAAGGCCAGUUGUACCACUUUCAAGUACGUUUGAUAAUUGUAGGUUGUGUACUUCUCCUAGUCCUAGAAAAUUGUUUUCAUAAAUAUAAGUACAUUAGGAAAGACGACCUCCACUGACUGAUUUCGAAAAAGGAAGUUCUGUAAUGGCACUUAAAACUAAAAGAGAUGAGUUUUCCCUGAUACCAAAGAUCGUCAAUGGUGGUAUUGCAGGAAUUAUUGGUGUUACUUGUGUCUUCCCAAUAGACCUAGUUAAGACUCGUCUUCAGAAUCAACAAGUUGGACCAAAUGGCCAACAGUUAUAUACAUCAAUGAUUGAUUGUUUCCGGAAAACCUUCAAGUCGGAAGGGUUUUUUGGCAUGUAUAGAGGUUCAGCUGUUAAUAUCCUGUUGAUAACUCCUGAAAAAGCAAUCAAACUUGCAGCAAAUGAUUUUUUUCGCCAUCAUCUUGCUACUGAAGCAGGUCGGCUACCACUGAAGCGAGAAAUGAUUGCUGGAGGGGGUGCAGGUUUUUGUCAGAUAAUUAUUACAACUCCAAUGGAGUUAUUAAAAAUUCAGUUACAGGAUGCUGGUAGAGUUGUUACGCAGAAAACCAAUAGCAAAGUGAUGGGUCGGAUCUCUGCAACUACUAUAGCUCUUGACUUGAUAAAAUCUCGGGGAAUUAUAGGGCUGUAUAAGGGUACAGGAGCUACCAUGCUUAGAGAUGUGAACUUUUCUAUUGUCUACUUUCCAAUGUUUGCUCGAUUAAAUGCUCUGGGUCCUCGAAAGAAUGAUGGUAGUGGAGAAGCAGUGUUUUGGUCAUCUUUUCUGGCAGGUUGUGCUGCAGGUUCAACUGCUGCUUUUGCUGUAAAUCCCAUUGAUGUGGUGAAAACAAGACUUCAAUUGUUGACGAAAGGGGUUGGAGAAGUAUCGUAUACUGGAAUACUUGAUGCCUUCCAGCAAAUCUACCAUCGAGAAGGAAUAAAGGCAUUUUUCAAAGGUGCUGGAUGCCGAAUGAUAGUUAUAGCCCCUCUUUUUGGCAUAGCACAAACAGUAUAUUACUUUGGUAUAGCUGAAUGGUUACUAGGAUUAAAAAAAGGUACUGAAUUAACGUCUUACAAGUGGAAACAAGACCUGACAGAAAUGUGAUGCCAAACUAUCAGUAGUCGUGUAGAAGAUAUGAGAAAAUUUACUUGACCACUUCUUGGCCAGAAAUGUCUCCUCCAUUCCACCAAGUUUUAAUCUUGCCAGUAAAACAACCCACUGGGGUAUUAAAUAGGAUUUAAAUUCUCCUUAAUCACAGUGCUGCUGAAUAGCAAUAAGUUUUGUAGCAAACAGCUUUCUUUGUUCAUGUCCAUUUUUGGAGCACUUAUGGAUAAAUUCACACCUUUUGUCACAAUUCAAAGUAUUAUGUUGCCACAAAAAAUAAAAGUCUGAGAAUGACAGUAAAAUACAUAAUAUAUUUUCAAAUAUAGGACUUCCAUUGUCUUUAUUUGUUUACAAUCAUAAAUUUAUAUUUAAAAUAUAAUAUUAACAUUUUAGAUUUGUCAAAUAUGGAAUAGAGUUUAAUAAUAUGAAUGUGAGUGUAUAUGGAAUCUGAAAGCAAGAAUUGUUUUCUUUGUUUCUCAAGACUUCUAAGUAGAAAAAAAUUGUAUAAUUAUGAUCGAUGAUGUUUAUAUAUGCAGUGAGCUGAUUUCCAUUUUUUAUGACCUCAUCCCUUUGUUAUCUAUUUCUGAAAAAUAAUGUCUUUAUUAUGGUAAAAAAUUAAAAGUUAAAUUCUUUGAUUUACACCUAUCAUUAGAAACAAAAGAUUGGCAUGUAGCAUGUGGAAUUUUAAAUGUAUUCAAACAUACUAAUACUUAACAUAUGUAUAUAGAGAGGUUCCCAUGUGCAUCAGUUCCUGUUUAAAGCUUUUAAAAUAGUGAGAAUUAGCCAUAAUAAGAAUAACUUGUCAAAAUAUAUUAAGAGAAUUAUUUAUUUUAAUUAUCAGUAAUUUAUUUUUAGUACUGAAAGUUCAUCUUGGACAAGUGGUCUUCUCAAAAUUCCACCUGGUUAAAUGUGUGAAUAAUGUUAAAAACUAUAGAAAGGUGCUGGCUGUUGCUGUUGAAAUGUAUUUUGUGAAGUGUGUGGUGUGAGAAACUUAAUACUAAAUGUUCUGUAGAGUUUAUUUAAUGAAGAUUUGGUCUGUUUCGUAUAUGACUUUGUGCAGCUGAGCAAUACUGGAAAUUUCAACUGUUUGUCAGCUAUUACAAGUAAUCUUUAUGAAACUAAUAAAAUAUACCACUGAACAUAAAGCAAAUUUAAGAUGAAUAAAUUGUUAGAAUAGAUGAAACUAUUUUUUUUUGUAAGAUGAUUUUUUGUUAAUAUAAAAAUUUUCAGUUAACUAUGGCCACUUUGAAUUUAUUGUCAUUUGAUAUUGAGUUCUUCAUUGCAUUAAAAUCUGAAAGUCAAAGAUUUUUUCUACAAUUUUCACAUUAUUCUAUAUAAACAAUUUACUAGAAUCCCUUAUAUAAUAGAAAGUAUAAUAUACUUCAACCCUAAUAUUUCACAAAGAAAUGAAAUAAGAAUAAAAAUCUAACUUAAGUAUCUGUUUAUAUUUGAUGUAAUGCUACAUUGGUUUUACUGCUUCAUUCCAGAAGUUUGCUAUUCUUUUGAAUGAUGACUUGCAUUCCAACAUAGCAAGCAUUUAAAUUGUCUGUUCAUUCUUUUGUGUGUUCUAACCAUCAAAAUAAUUCGAAAUAUAAGGCUAUUGAUAAUAGUCCAUUGAAAAAUUCCUGCUGCAAGUGGUUGGUUUUGACAACCAAGUUGUUUGAGAAACUUAAAAUCACAUUUUCUUGAAGUAAGGCUUGUAUCAUUAUCCUGUAAGCUUGGAUAAAUACUUCAAUAAUUUCUGCAAAUUGAAAAAUUAUUGUAAUGCUAUGUGGGCAUACCAGUUGAGUUUUUCUGUCACAGUGUGUAGAAAAACUUCAGUAAUGUCAAAUUUGUGUAAAAUUCAGAUGCCUUCAUAAAAACACAUUAAAAUGAAUAUAAGAUCUUUUUUUUUAAUCAAGGUUAUUUGCUUAAUAUUUUUAUCUAAAACUAUCAAAAAAGGGAUCAGAAGAUGUAUGACUUGUUAAGAUAUCUCAGGAAAACAUCUUAUUGUGUUAUACUUAAACAGUUAUUUGAGGUUAAUAUCCUUUUAGCAACUAUUUACUAAGCAUUCAGAGUUAAGGAUUGUAUUUUGUGUGUGAUCUCUUGAUUUAUGUCUACAGUUGGAAUGAAAUUACUACUUAUUGUGGUUUUACAUAGAAUAAUAUUUCUAAUGGGGCUUCAAAAAAUAUUUAAAAUUUUGUUACUAUAACUAGAAGAUUGCUUUAUAAUGCAAACCAAUGCUAUGAGUAAGUAAUGAUUGAUUUUAUCAAGUUGAUUACUAUUUUGUUGACAGAUUCUUCUAUGUUGUUAUUUUAGUUAAGAAUUUGAUUUAUGUUAUAACAGUUUGAAAACCUGUGGUCAUUGUAAUAACAUUUAUUCAUUGUUUUAUUUGUGGUUCUUGUUAUAAGGAUGAUAUAUGAAGUUGGACUUGAAAUGAUGAAUUGGUAUUGAAUUUUGUUUUUCAAAAAUGAAAUUAAUGUUAACAUUCUUUUUAGAUAUUAUAUAUGAAAUGUUUACACAAUAUCUCAAAAUAUUAUGGGAAAAGUAAAUGUUAUAUGUAUGUUUAAAUUUUUGUAAGGUUUGGUUUUAUAUUGAUGAUACAUAUGUAUGUUUAAAUUUUUGUAAGGUUUGGUUUUAUAUUGAUGGUGCAUAGAUAUUAAUUGGUAAGUUUUGGUUGUUAUAAUUUUUUUUAUAAUUUACAAACAGUACUGCUCAUACUUCAUUUCUGCACCAUGUUAAAAGAUCUGAAAAAAUGUAGUUCAGGUUUUAGAUGUACAUAUUAGUAAACACAGAGCACAUCCUACAGUUUAAGCAUUUAAAGGAGUUUUUUUAAUGAAAUUAUGCUCAGUUAGUGAUAACUACUGAUAUAAUGGUCUGAAUUCCCCAUUGUAUGAAACUUGAAUUCUUUUCAAUACAAAUAUGGUAAUCACUAUUUAUUGUUUUAGUAUUUGUUCUGAAUAUUGUGUUUUGCUUUCUUUGUAUCAUAUAGAACUACUUAUACCUUCACUCAGCAUCGUGACUCGUUGAUCUGGUGCAGAUCUUUGUUCUUGAAAGUCAAAAGAACUGUAAAAACUCCAUACUGCACAGACCUGUAUCAUUAUAUAUGUAAAAUUUAUACAGAUGUAUAUACCAAAAAUAAAAAUGACAAAUUAACAGUUAACUUUUGGUAUGUUACCAGUUCACUUAGUAACAAAAGAUACCUUUCAUCUCUUAGUCCCAUAUAAUUAGAUGUAUCAACACAAUAGUAGACAAUCAUCUUUUAAACAUAUUUUCAUCUAGUUGUCAGAUAAUUUUUGUUUAAAUGGAUUAUCAUAAUGAUGAUAAUGCCCAAUUUUUUAUGAAUUUCAAAUAAUCUAGACUAUCAUUAAUUAUAUGGCAUUAAAACAUUUUAUAUCAAAACAUAUCAUAAUGAUAACUGAAAGCUUCAGCCAAAUAAUUUUAUGUAAAAAACUGGUAAUAAAGUUGUGUAUGAUAUUUUCUUAACUGAAAAAUUUCUAGCUCAAAACAUUAUAUUAUUAAAUGUCUUUUAUUCUUUCUCACUCCAACACACACAAAUACAUGUGGAAAGAGACUGAUUCAGCUUAUUCAUUAGAUUUAUACCUCCUUUUUCUUAAAAUUUGUUAAGAAUCAGUGGACUGGUCAGGAGACAUGCUAGUUUUAUUCCAUGUUUAGAAAAGGUAAAUUUCGUUGGAAUGACAUAUUUGAGUAACAAGUAAUGGUGAAUGAAAGAAGGAUGCUUAAUGUUUGUGUAGAAAGCCAGUCUUGUAUUUGUGUGCCUCAGUAUAUACAUUAGUUUUAUUAAAUGAAUAAAAUGUUGAUUGUUAUGUUAGAAGGGUUAUUCAUAAUCCAUCUUACUGAACACUUUACUCGUUUAAAUAUAUAUAAAUAAAUUUCUAUAAAUUUUUUUUUAGUUUGUACAAUUUAUAAUUCUAAGUUGCUUCUAUUAAAUGGCAUUGGUGGUAGCGUUGAAUCUGCUGACAUUAUGUCAUUAACAUUCUAUGAGUCAACUUCAGAAUUGACAUUGUUUACAUACUAGAAAGCUAAGUGUUAUUGUUAUUCUUUGUUGGGUGAACUUUUUAAUCAUAUCUUGAUGGCAUAGAGUGAUUGUUUGUGUAGCUGUUUAAAAAUUUAUGUAAUCUGUAUAAGUACAUAAUAAAUUUUGUUAUUGUA